GGGCCACCGCCUCCCUGUCCCCUCUGUCGCCUGCAAUGCCUUGGAGCCCACACUCUAGUCACCUCUGAUUUCACCGGGGCCGCCCACCCGUGCUGACCCCGCGCAACAGCUGCAGGUAGCAGAAGUGCCCCGCCCCAUCGGGCCCCGCGGCUGGGGACACCGCCCCUCUCCAGGCUCUGGGGCGCGCGGCGGGCAGUGGCCCGCGCAGGUAGAGCUCGGCGCGGCCCCGAGACGGCGCGGCGGGAUGAGGCGGCCCGGGGUCUGCCGCCUCGUGCUGCUCGCCGCUUGCCUGAAGCUCUGCGGGCCGCGCGGGGCGCUCGGAGCAUCCUUCUAUGGCGAAAGCUACGUGGGCCUCAGCAUCACGGAAGUCUCCUUUGGGCUGUCGCUUCAGCUGAGAUUUCAAACCAGCAAGCCACAAGGCUUGCUUUUUCUUGCAGCUGGGAAAAUCGACUAUUGCCUAAUAGAGCUUCUGUCGGGAAUAUUACAGGUGAAAAUAAACUUGGGUACGGGUGAACAGCUUCUCCUUUCUGAGCAAAGAGUUCGUGUGGACAAUUUGGAGUGGCAUUCGGUGGAACUGUACUAUGGCAAGGAUAAGGUUCUCUUGGUUAUUGACAAGCAGUACGAGACAACUGGCCAGCGGGAUGGAGGGAUGCAGAACUUCACAUUUCACCAUGGAGUCUAUGUAGGAGGCCGUGGGGGACUCAGCGUCCCUUACCUGGACAGAAAGACCCCCAAUUUCCGAGGAUGCAUAGAGGGCGUGGUGUUUAACCGGAGGGCGGUCCUUUCUUCCCUUAGGUCUUUCCCUGGCUUCAAGAAGGUUCAUGAGGUGUCGCUGGGAUGUAACGAUGAGUUUUUUGCUGGGAAGAAUGAAGCUAUUAGCUUUUUCAGUUCUAGGUCCUAUGUCGCCUUUCCAGAAUGGAGGGUACAAGGGGAAGGGACACUGAGAUUUGCUGUGCGAACUGGAAGCCAACAAGCCUUGCUUUUAUUUCAGUCAGGUAGAGGAAGAGAUUUUGUUGCCUUAGCAAUACACGAGGGCCUCCUGAAGGCUGGUGUGGGAAAGGGAGAAACAAAAACUCAGGUUUCAUCAUCCUGCUUCGUUAGUGACAACAAGUGGCACGUUGUUCAACUCAGAGUCACGAGGAGGCGUCUGGAUCUCACGGUAGACGAGCAAGGGGUAAGGGCCAUGCUGCCUCUGCAAAACAAAGCAUUUGUAUCUGAAGGGCCCCUGUUCGUGGGAGGCCUGAAUCACCGGAUGUGGGAAGCAGUGCGGGGGUUAGAACUUGUGUCCGUGCCUGGGAAAUCUGUUCGGGGCAUCGCCCUGAAAGGAUGCCUGAGAGCCUUGGAAGCAAACUUGGAAGUGAGAGCUUUAAGGGACGCAGUGGUUUCCAAAGACAUUUCUGCUGGGUGCACAAGUGAGGGCGUCCACGAUCCAGAUCCCCCUGGGACAGCAGAGCAAGACCUACCUCAGCUGGAGCCAGCCCCUUCCAGUGCGCUUCCCAGUGCCAGCUCUCUUCGGGAAAACGGAAGUGGCGGUUUUUUGGUUUUGAGUAAGUUGGAAGUCCAAGAAGGUGGACAGGCCGUACUGGGACAAAAGCAUAUAAAAGUGAAUGUGGACUUUUUGGAUCUGGGUAUCAACCAUUCUCAGAUACUAUUUAAAAUACAGGAAAUGCCAGCUCAUGGUUUCCUUAAAAUAGAUGUUCUGCAUACACCAGAAAUGGAGAGGACUUUUACUACGUUAGAUCUGAUGCAUGGGAAAGUGUGGUAUGUCCACGAUGGCUCAGAAGAGCCUGCAGAUUUCUUCACAUUUUCGGUUUUUUCUAGUAGCGAGAAGGCGAUGCCGUCCCAGCUGCAGGAUCCCAUUUCGCAUGUUCUUAAUAUUGUAGUCAUUCCAGUGAACGACCCCCCACUCCUUAAGCUCCCAGAAGGACACUUGCUCCUCUUCGAGAACUCUAAGAAACAGCUGACCCCCAAUGUGGUACAGGUAUCAGACCCUGACACCGAUUCGCGGCAUCUCAGGCUUUCCGUGCUUAGCGACUUCAACGUGGAUGCUGGGUUUUUAGAGCGCGCCAGCGACCCUGGCAGAGCCAUCAAUAGUUUUACACAGAUGGAUUUACAAGCUGGCAACAUUUUCUACGUGCACAAGGGUCAUCGAAACUCUCGGAUUGUCCUGAGAGCAACUGACGGUAAGCUGGUUAGCAAUACUGUGGUGUUACGGGUCAUGGCUGUUCCUUGGGAUUUUGAGGUGGUAGUUAGGACUGGUGUGGUGGUACCACAGGGUGGUAUGGUUCUGAUCACGCAGAGCGACUUGUCGGUGAAGGUGAAUGGCGAACCACAUGAGAUGGACACCCGCUAUGAUGUCACUCGUCCACCUCAGUUUGGCCAAAUUCAGCAUCAGGAAUCCAAUGGGGAAUGGAAACAAGUCAGUACCUUUUCUCAACGUUCCAUUGACCAGAGUCGGAUCCGAUACUAUAGUUCAUUCAAAGAACUGCAGCGAGAAAAUGUGCCGGAUCACUUUAAAUUUAAAGCUAACGUAGAAGGAAGAGUAAGCGAGGAGCUCCUGUUUCCUGUGACUGUUCAGUGGCUGAAAUUGACACUUCUGAAAAAUGUUCCUCUAGAAAUUAGCAACGCAAGCAAGAAAGUAUUGGACUCCGACCAUCUGCAGGCUGGGACAGAGAGCAUGGGAGUAGCUGAGAGGGGACUCUAUUUCAAGUUACUGAUCCCACCCAAGAAAGGACGCUUGCUGCUUGGCAAUGAAGUUCUUCAAAGAAGUUCAAUUUUCAGUCAGAAAAAUAUUACAGACUGUAAGGUAAGCUAUGAACCUCAGGGGAGGUCCAGGGAAGACUCACAAGACACGUUUACUUUCUCAGUUAUUGUAAAACACAUAGAAACAAAAAAUUAUACUUUCAGGAUAAACCUUAAAGCAGAUAAGACACAUAUUAUUUUAACAAACACUGGACUAUUUGUAAAAGAAGGAGAAUGGACAUUAAUCUCAAAAUCAGAACUCUUGGUUCAAACAUUGGACAAUCAUGUCUUCCAAUAUGAAGUCACCAAGAGUCCUCAGCACGGGGAACUGAAAUUGGCCAGCUCUUCUGCUUCUCUGGGAAGUGACAGUGGCAUCAGUGGGUUCACAGAGGAAGACAUAGUGGGUGGAAGGCUGAUGUAUGUUCAUGAUGACUCUGAGACCCAGUGUGAUGAAUUCGUUGUGCUGGCCUCUGCCACAGAUCUGGGCCGACAGGGAGGAGUCAGGAAUCUUGACUCGGAACACAUGUCUACAGAAAUCAAAGUCAGCGUUUCUGUUGAGUUGAAGAAUGAUGAGAAGCCGGUGCGUGUGGUGGAUAAGGUCUUUCACGUUGUGCGGGAUAGCCAGCGCCUACUGACAUUAGCAGACCUCUGCUUCCAUGACCCUGACAUAGAUUUUGAUGAUGGGCAGUUGCUCUACACUCGGCGUGGCAUACCAAAUGGAGAUUUGGUGAAAGCCGAUGACCUGUCUCAAAAGCUGUACCAGUUCAGGCAAGAGGACCUCCAGGAAGGACGUGUGCUCUUCAGGCACCACGGUCCAGACUCUGCCCGAUUCCUGUUGUUGGUGACAGAUGGUGUCCACUACACGUCAUCCCUUUUCGAGGUCAGUGUGUCAGAGGCCUACGUCCACAUAGUCAACAACACAGGGCUGCUUGUGUCCAGAGGGAGAGACAGUUGCAUCACAACAGCCAACCUGAGCGUCGCCACGAACCAAGAUGUCAGAACAGACCGUGAGUUUGAAUUCCACAUCUCGCAACCCCCCAAACAUGGCAGAAUCCUGGUCAAUAAUUCUGAGUUGCACUCAUUUUCCCAACAUGACCUGAAGCAGGGACAUGUGAUUUAUAGGCACAAUGGCGAUGGGAACUUCGAUACGUUUAACUUGACAGCGAAAGUUAAAGAUGCCUACUCAGAUGUGAGCAUUUGUGUCCAAGUGUCCUUGGAGAGUCACCAACAUUACACUCAGUUUCUGCACGGCAGCAGCCUUACGGUUGAAGAAGGAAAAGCAGUAAAACUGAGCAGUGGAAAGCUCCAGGCCGGGACUGAGGACGAGAUCCCUCCGGAGACAGAAUUUGUAGUCAGGACUCCACCAAUGCAUGGACACCUCCAAAAAUCCACCGCAGAAGAUGGCAACGUGGGUACAAACGGAAAGCCCACUCUGAGUUUUACCCGGCAGGAUAUUGAUGACGGCAAUGUCCUUUAUGUACAGACAGCUCCUGGCCAACAAAAGGAUCAGUACCUAGAUGUGAGCCGGGACUCCCACUUUGUAAGGAGUGUAGAGAUGAGUUUGGAUAUCAUCCCUAAGUGGAUCCCCCUGGAGGUACAGAAUCUCACGGUUCAGGAAGGGGGUUCCAAAGCACUUCUACCAGACCACCUCAGAAUCCCAAGCAAGUAUUUUGAGAAUCUUGACUGCGAAUUCGUUCUCCUCGAGCUACCAAAGCACGGUUAUGUUCAAAGUUCCAGUUUUCCAAGAGUAAAGCUAAUGAAAUUUUCCAGGAAACAGGUGGAGCAGGGGUUGAUUCACUAUGUUCAUAACGGCAGUCAGGAGCUAACGGACAGUCUCACCGUCUUGGCCAGCAGCUCGGAGCUUGGGAAACAGAGUCUGCCUCAGACUCUUUUUGUGACUGUUGAGUCUGUAAAUGACAAGGCUCCGGUGAUAACAGCCAAUAAAAUCCUCCAGGUGUGGGUGAAUUCUAUCACUGAGAUAACCAGAGAUGACUUAUGUGCUGAAGAUGGGGACUCUCCCCCACAGGACUUGGUCUACUGGGUCACUCCUCCCAGCAACGGGCACCUGGCUCUCAAGUCCGUUCCUGGCAGAAGCAUUCAGAAUUUCACUCAGGCGCAAAUUGAUGAGGGUCACCUCGUGUUUGUGCACUCUGGAGCAAUGUCAGGAGGCUUUAAUUUCCAGGUUACUGAUGGUUUGAAUUUUGCACCUCGGCAAAUCUUUAGCGUCACUGCCCAAGCUCUGAUCAUUAGCUUGGAAGUCAACAGAGGAUUGAGCAUCUUCCCAGGUUCUACGAAGCCACUUUCGUCUCAGGCCCUGAGAGCUGUGACCAACGAUGACAAGGCGAGAAACAGAACCAUAACGUUUACAGUUGUCAGCUCCCCUAGGUUUGGGAGGUUGCUGAAGAUGAACUCUGACAACCGCACAGAGGACGUUUCCAUCUUUACCCAACGUCUGGUCAGUGAAGGGCUGAUACUGUACCAGCAUGUGGACCUGGAGAACACAGGGUGGGCUUCAGAAGACACUUUCAUGUUCACGGCCUCCUCCCCUCCUGCGGCCCUGGGUCCGGAGGAGUUCCGAAUUACCAUUUCAUAUGAAACAAAUGAGCCAGGCAGACAGAGCUGGCUGCUUGCAAAUGCAGGCGCCUCUGUCAAGGAGGGAGGUGAAGUCCUCAUUGACCGAUCUAAGUUAGAUGCAUCUAACCUCUUACUUCGGCUGCCCCAGCCUCAGCGUUCAUCCCAUGAAAUCUGGUUCCAGGUUACAGCCCUUCCUUGCCAUGGGACCAUUAUGGUUGGAGAAAGAAACAUUACCACGGGAAACCCCUACUUCUCCCAGCGUACAGUAAAUGCACUGGGAGUCACAUAUCUUCACGAUGACUCUGAAUCAUUGGCUGAUAAUUUUACCUUUGCAGUUUGGCCAAACCCAAAGAGCGUGGCCACCAGCAAACCGGAAGCUGACUUUCUGGAAGAGAUGUUCAACAUUACCAUCACCCCCGUGAAUGAUCAGCCUCCAGAACUGAAGACCAAAGGGCUUCAGUUGAGAGUUCUCCAGGGCAGCAGGUUGGUUGUGGGACCUGAGAUCCUAAAAGUAGAUGAUCUAGACAGUCCUCCGAGUGAAAUCCAAUACAUGAUCGUCCGUCAUCCCAACAACGGCUUUUUAGCAAUGGCUCAUGAUCUAGAUACCACAGCUCACCAUUUUACACAGGCUGACAUCAAUAACGCUCAGGUGUGGUUCAUACAAGAUGGAAGCCCGUCCUCCGGAGCGUUUUACUUUAGUGUGACUGAUGGUGAACACCGCCCUCUCUACAAGCUCUUCCACCUGGAUGUCAUCCCCAUCUCCAUCACUCUUGUGAACCUCACAGACCUGCUUCUCCCACAAGGCCAGACCACUGUCUCCAUCACCAAUGCUCACCUCUCUGCAGUGACCAAUGGAAGGAGCCUUCAGAUCAUCUACAGGAUGACACAACCCCUCCAAAAUGGCCACUUGCUGAUCGACGACAAGGUGGUCACCAGCUUUGGCCAGGAGGAUUUGGAUUCAGAAAGGCUCUCCUACCACAUGACCAAUCUCACAGCCUCGGGAGAUCGGCUGCAGUUCUCAGUCUUUACAGCGGAGAGCAACUUGACAGAACAGACACUGGGCAUCAGAGUGUGGCCUUUAUUGCGGGUGACGCGGAACCUGAGAGUGGCCAACAGAACACCUCAUCGGCUGCAGAGAGGGGAUCUAGAUGCAACUGAGCUAGCUAACAGGACCAGUAGUGACCCCACAUUUGCAGUGAUACAACCUCCUACUCUUGGACGACUUGUCCGAAGAGCAGCUGACAGCCCUGUGAUGGAAGAGAUCGCUCGGUUCACCCAGAGAGACGUCAACCGAGGUCAGCUGGUGCUUGAGCCACGUGCUAAUCUGACAGGCACUGGUACGCUGAACGACUCCUUCACCUUCUUGCUCAGUGCAGACGGUGUGCAGCCAGCUACAGGUUGUCUGGCCUUUACCAUAGUGCCGCCAGACCCCUUACCAUUACAGACAUUUACACCGGAUAUGCCUUUAUUCAUCACUGCAGAGAGCUUCGUGGCCUCAGUUUUCUCUCAGAAAAAACUUAUGACUUCCAUUUUAACACAGACAGAAACCCCAGGGAAUCUGACCCAGAGCAAAUGGCAGGGGACGGAUGCCUGGGGACAGCCCAAUGGCAAAGAACCAAAUGUGGAUGGCAAGGUCUCCCCCACCAAGGUCAUCUGGCCACAUGCUGCCACCAAAGUUGUUUCUGAAGGAGUCAUACGACCCCGAGAUAGCAGUUACCCUCUGGUGGUCAUCAUACCCCUGGCUGCUGUGUUCCUUCUCCUGAUGGUGACUGUGGUGGCCCUGUGUGUCUGGCUGCUGAGCCAAAAGGAGAAAAAGGCUAACCCUCUUAUCCAGCCCAAGACCAACCUCGAAUCCCCAUCCCCCUGUGGAGUGGAGGGGAGUAGAGCCGUUCCCACCGUCAAGGUCACUCCCCUGAUAAGAAGUUCCAGCAGCCUAGCUACCAGUCUGUUCCUGCUCCCUGAGUAUGCUCAGAAGGCCUCCUUGGGGACUGAGCCUGUAGAGAAAUGUACUCCCUGGGAGGCAUGGCUGAACCUGGAUCCUGACAUGGCCAAGCUCUGUCGACAAACCAACCCAGCGCUGAAACACAACCAGUACUGGGUAUAAAUGGGAACCCACCCCCUCUCCCACCGCUCUCUCCCACUCCCUUCCUCCCAUCCUGUGUCUCCCUCUCCCCCAUCUCUCUUCCUGUCUCCCCCAUCUCUGUUACCGACUGCUUACGGUGUACAGGUACGAAGAGCCGGACUGGACUAUAAUGGUGAACGAAUGCUUAUUGAAUCAAGGAAGGCUGCCCUAACUAAACAAGGCUCAGUCGCUCCUGGGGUUCCACAGUGGCCCUUUUUCUGGACUUGGCAUUCUCAAGACAUACGUUUCUGUUAAGGAUUAAGCUCUUUACUAAGGUGCUAUUGAUCAUUUGGACCCAAUGGGAAGCCAAAGCAUUAACCUGGGGCUUGGAGUUAAAGAGGGAGGGUUGGUUGCUCUUCAUGGAAGCGUCACUCUCUUGGUGAGUCAGCAGGAAGUGCCCGUCCUGUCUCCACAGACGAUGUCAUUUGUCACAUCAGUGAGUGUGUUUGUGUAAUGUGUCACCUUUUCCACUGUGGAGUCUUCUAGGGUUGGCUUCCGCAUGCAAUAAAUGCCUUGUUCAGGUCGCGGGGCAGUCUGACCUCCUUUGAGGACAGUCAUUGAAUACAUUGUGUUUCAGCAAGAAGCUUUGUCAUUCUGAUCUGGAAAGUCAAGAAAUGUUAUUUGAAGCCCUGAGGGGUAGAGAGGCGUGUUAAAAACUUUUUAAAAAAGUGAUGUCUUACUGUGGUAUCCUUCUACAAUAAAUUGAAAUAAUUA